UCCGGGGUGAGGUGUCCGUCAGAUAACAGGGCCUCUGGGCCCGGGAACCCGCACACUUUGCUAAGUAUUAAAAUUCAUCGGAAGAGAAAGAUGGAUUUAUCUGUGGUUUCCAUUCAAGAAGUACAAAAUGUCCUUAAUGCUAUGCAGAAAAUCUUAGAGUGUCCAAUCUGUCUGGAGUUGAUCAAAGAACCUGUUUCCACAAAGUGUGACCACAUAUUUUGCAAAUUUUGUAUGUUGAAACUUCUCAACCAGAAGAAAGGGCCUUCACAGUGUCCUUUGUGUAAGAAUGAUAUAACCAAAAGAAGCCUACAAGAAAGUACAAGAUUUGGUCAACUCGUUGAAGAGCUAUUGAAAAUCAUUCAUGCUUUUGAGCUUGACACAGGAUUACAGUUUGCAAACAGUUAUAAUUUUGAAAAAAAGGGAAAUAACUCUCCUGAACUUCUAAAGGAUGAAAUAUCUAUCAUUCAAAGUAUGGGCUACAGAAACCGUACCAAAAGAAUUCGACAGAGUGAACAUGAAAAUCCUACCUUGCAGGAAACCAAUCUUAGUGUCCGACUCUCCAACCUUGGAAUUGUGAGAUCUCUGAGGACAAAGCAACAGAUACAACCUCAGAAUAAAUCUGUCUACAUUGAAUUGGGAUCUGAUUCUUCUGAAGAUACAGUUAAUAAGGCAAGUUAUUACAGCAUGGGAGACCAAGAACUAUUACGAAUCACCCCACAAGGAGCCAGGGUUAAAUCCAGUUUGGAUUCUGCAAAGAAGGCUACUUGUAUGUUUUCUGAGAAGGACAUAACAAGUAUUGAACAUCAUCAAUCCAGUAAUAAGGAUUUGAACACCAUUGAGAAGCAUGCAACUGAGAUGUAUCCAGAAAAGUAUCAGGGUGAAGCAGCAUCUGGGUAUGGGAGUGAAAGCUUCUCUGAAGACUGUUCAGGGCUGUCCUCUCAGAGCGAUAUUUUAACCACUCAGCAGAGGGAUACAAUGCAAGAUAACCUGAUAAAGCUUCAGCAGGAAAUGGCCAAAUUGGAAGCUGUAUUAGAGCAGCAUGGGAGCCAGCCUUCUGACAGCUCUCCUUCCCUCAUAGCUGACUCUUAUGACCCUGAGGACCUCCUAAAUCUGGAAAACACAUCAGAAAAAGCAGUAUUAACUUCACAGAAAAGUAGUGAACAUCCUAUAAGCCAGAAUCCAGAAGGCCUUUCUGCUGAUAAGUUGCAAAUAUCUCCAGAUUGUUAUACCAGUAAAAGUAAAGAACCAAGAGUGGAAAGGUCUUCCUGUUCUAAAUCCCAGUUGUCGGAUAAUAAGUGGUAUGUGCACAGCCUUCAGAACAGAAAGUGCCCAUCUCAGGAGGAGCUCACUAAAAUUGUUGAUGUGAAGAAGCAAAAACUGGAAAAGUCUGAGCCACGUGAUUUAAUGGUGCAGUCUUCUUGGGCAAGGCAAGAUCUAGAAGCAACUCCUAACCUGGAAUCUGGAAUCUACUUCCUCUCUAAUAAUCCUGAAUCUGAUCCUUCGGAAGACAGAGCCCCAGAGUCAGCUCAAGUUUGCAGCACGUCAGCUUUACCUUCUGCAUUAAAAUCAUCCCAGUAUCAAACAGAUUCUGACGGGAGUCCAGCCACUCACAAUACUAAGACUAUGAGGGCAGAAAAUCUGAGCAGUGAGAAGCCAGAAUUGACAUCUUCAAUAGAAGAAAGUGUCAACAAAAGAAUAUCCAUAGUGGUAUCAGGCUUGACCCCAAAAGAAUGUAUGCUUGUACAAAAGUUUGCCAGAAGAUACAACAUAACUUUAACUGAUCUAAUUACCGAAGAGACUACUCAUGUUGUUAUGAAAACAGAUGCUGAGUUCGUGUGUGAACGGACACUGAAAUAUUUUCUGGGAAUUGCAGGAGGAAAAUGGGUAGUUAGCUAUUGCUGGGUGAUCCAGUCACUUAAAGAAAGAAAGAUGCUGGAUGAGCAUGAUUUUGAAGUCAGAGGAGAUGUGAUCAAUGGAAGAAACCACCAAGGCCCAAAGCGAGCGAGAGAAUCCCAGGACAGAAAGAUCUUCAGAGGCCUAGAAAUCUGUUGCUAUGGGCCCUUUACCAACAUGCCCACAGAUCAACUGAACUGGAUGGUACAGCUCUGUGGGGCUUCUGUGGUGAAAGAGCUUUCAUCAUUCGCACUUGGCACAGGUAUUCGCCCAAUUGUGGUUGUACAGCCAGAUGCCUGGACAGAGGACAAUGACUUUCAUGCUAUCGAGCAGAUGUGUGAAGCACGUGUCGUGACCCGAGAGUGGGUGUUAGACAGCGUAGCACUGUAUCAGUGCCAGGAACUGGACACCUACAUGAUAACUCGGAUUCCCCACAGCAGCUAGCCACGUCUAUCAGGCCAUGCGACAGUAACAGCAAGCUUACAAAAUGGCCCUUUGAAGCCUUAAGAGCUCCUCUCAUUAUUCAGUCCUUUAGUAGUCCAAGUUAUUAAAUAUUAUAUGUAUAUCAGUUAGAAAAGUACUGGCUGUAUAAGGGUCCCUUAAGUAUUUUUUGCUUCAAAUCUCCCUUUGAAAUCUUACAUCACGAAAUUGUAAUUUUCACCUGAAAUUUAAAAACCAUUUAAACCCUGCCAUUUGAGCAAGUUGCUGAUUCAUUAUUUGUCAGCCUUCUUCCUCCUACUAGGGCUACUGGCACAGAAUGGCUUGGCCUCAAGAGAAUAGCCAGUUUCCCUAAGUUUGUUUCUCUAAAGCCCUAUGUUUACAAAGGCUAAGAGUCAGACCCUUCUAUGGAAGGAGAGUGCUUGGGAUCUGUUAUGUGACUUAAAAUCCGAACAGUCCUUGAGGAACUCUCACAUGUUGGAGUGGAACACUAGGGAGGAAAUUUGGAGGCAGUUGGUGGAUGUGAAAAUGAAGCUUGAGAUUAGAGAUCUUCAAAAAUCUGGGCUGUCAUUGCUGCAUUUCUAAAGUAUGUGCUCUGAAACAGCAGACUGUAUACAAGAACUGGUGUGUAAGGAGAAUCUUCUAAUUCCCCAUUAGUAAUAAGUAAAAUGUUUAUUGUAGCUCUAGUAUGUAACCCAUUCCUCUUAAAAUAUAAGGUUUCUGGUAUGAAUAUUUCAUGUCCAUAAAAUGACUGAUCCCACCAAGAAAGGAGCUGUUGCUUUCUUUGAGGUAAUUUUUUCCCAUUUGCUCCCUAUUGCUGAACCAUACAGCUUCAUGAAUAAUUUUGCUUGCUGAAGGAAGAGAAAGUGUUUUUCACAAACUCAUGCAGGACUGUUCAUAGCCAUUGGAAGGACUAGUUCUUGCUUCUCUAUCCCCCCAGUGUAGAAGGGCAGCACAGACUUGAUUAUACAAAGUAUGUUUUAUAAAUGUUGUGUUACUAACACUGCAAAUAAACUUGGUAG